AUGCUGCAGCCCUCGACACAUAUCGGAGCUGGCGACACAAGGACCGAUGGUGGUGAUGUUUACAAAGGUGAUGCGGUGAAUGAUGUGGCGAUGUCUCUACUCCGCAAUGUGUGUGACGCAGAAGUCGUCACGGAGCAGCAGGUUGGUAAAGAUGCGACAGAAGGUCUUGGUUCUUUGGCAGAUAAAACUAUGCCCACAGACAACAUGAGCGAAAAUGAACGAGAGGGCUCUGACGCCAUUACAUCGUCUUCAUCAAUAGCUGGUAGUGCCUCUUCUGACACAAUGCCUGAAUCUACAGCUGAUAACGAAUUCUCGGUCACAAUUCCACCCGAAUCAACAGCUGAAAGUGAAUACCCCGACACAACACCACCCGAAUCUACAGCUGAAAGUGAAUUCCAGGACACAAUACCACCCGAAUCUACAGCUGAAAGUGAAUUCUCGGACACAAUACCACCAGAAUCUGCAGCUGAAUGUGAAUUCCCAGACACAAUACCACCCGAAUCUACAGCUGAAAGUGAAUUCCCGAACACAAUACCACCCGAAUCUGUAGCUGAAAGCGAAUUCCCGGACACAUUACCACCCGAAUCUACAGCUGAAAGUGUACCGUCGAAGUGUGUCUCUACAGCUGACUGUGAGGCCUCUGACAUAGUGACAUUGAUUUCAUCAGUAGUUGGUACUGCCGUUUCUGACACAAUGCCCGACUCUACAGCUGAAAUGGAAUCGUCAAUACUUGGCACUGCAGCUGAUAGUGAAUUAUCUUACACGGUGUCUGAAUCCACAGCGGAAGCUGAAUUAUCUUACACAGUGUCUGACUCUGCAGCAGAAGGUGAAUCCUCUGACACCAUACCACCCGGCUCUACAGCUGAAAGAGAAUCGUCAAUGCCUGCCUAUACAGCUACACCUGAAGGUGAAUUAUCUUAUGCAGUGUUUGAAUCUUCAACUGAAAGUGAAUCUUCUGACUCUAUUGCAGUAUCUAGUGGUGAAACUGAAUCCCGAGAGUCUGUCGCUACAGAUGAAAGUGAAUUAUCUGACACAGUUUCUGAAGGUACAGCUAAAAGGGAAUCUGACACAGUGCCUCUCUCAAUAUUUGAACGUGAAUCAUCUUCUUACACAAUUCCUGAUUCUACGGGUGAAAGUGAACCCUCUUACACAACGUUUAUAACUACGACAGAGGGCGAGGCAUCCGACAAAGCUAUUUCUUUAGCUGAAGGUGGGCCCUCAGACAUGAAGCCGAUCUCCGUAGCUGAAGUCUUCUCUGAAGUUGAAAGUCAGCCCCCUCACAAAAUGACUGUCGCGCUAGUUGACGAUAUAACACAAUUCGACCAGGCUAAUCCACCAGUAUUAUAUCUUGAAUGCAUUGAAGCUCUGGACGCUACGUCCUCAACCGACAGUGGAACUGUCGCUGUUAUGUUCGGGAGAGAUGUCGACCCUGCUGGUUCAAUCAGCCAGGAAGAUUCGUAUGAAUCUGAGAGAGACUCAGAAUGGCCAGAAGCCACGCUAUCCGUCUCUGACAAAUACUACAGCGGUGACGAUGUAGUGUCUUGCCCUCAACAAUCUCCCAGUCCGCUAGAAGCUUCUGAUGGCAUCCUCCGGCUCUCAUACUCCUCACCCUGCGUCCUGGUGACAAGCCGGUACAGAGCACCACCCCCUGAUGGCGCUGAACCAUCUUGUCCCGUGGACCAGGGGUUGGAAGAGGAGAGUAAUUCCAGUUCAUCUUCGUCCGAGGCUUUGAUCUGCAGACCAAGUGGGGAUGCCAGUGAAUUGUAUGCUUCUGAUGUGUCUUUCGUGUACGAUGACGAAGACGAUGACGAGUAUGAUGAAUCUGAUGGUGAUGUCGAAGCUGAUGAUGUUCAUUACGACGCUGGUGACGGUUUAGAAAAUAGUGUCGACGCUGACGACAAUGCCUGUGUUGGGGGUAAUGCUGUUAUAUGGGAUAACGUUAACGGGAAAGGGAAUUCUAUUUCUGAAGAUGUGGAUCCUUGUGACCUCGAAUCAGGUGUUGCUGAGGUUGAUGCUGAUGCUAAUUCUGCUUAUGUUUGUGAUGAUGUUGAAGUCGACAACUAUGAUAACGUUGAUAAUGCCGUUGAUGCUGCUGGUGGUGUGGAUUUUCACGUCAAUUUUGAAGCUGACUUUGAUGCCGAUGCUAUCACUAACGUCAAAGCUUACGUUAAGUUUGGCGUCAGUGCUGAUGCUGUUUCCGGUGUCGAUGCUGUAGCUUAUUCUGUCGAUGCAGGAGUUGGCUCUAAUGUUCGUGUCGAUGUAGAUGCUGAUAUCGAUGACAGCAUUGAUUCGGACGCUGAAGUUAAAGUUUGUGUUGCUCUUCACGUCGAAUUGGAUGCUGACCCUGAUCCUCACUCUGACGUCGAAGAUGAUGGCGACGUUGACGUUGGUCUUGCUGCUGACGUCGGUGCUGAUGACAGUGAUACUGAGGUUGAAGCUGGUCCAGUUGAUGCUGAUCCCGAUAUUGAUGCUGUAUCUGACACCAAUAUUGAGUACAGCGUUCCUACCGACGGGGAUGAUGGAGUGUCCAGUACUGGCGAUAUGGAUGGGAGGUACAAUUACAGACAACAACAGCAACAGCAGCACCAGCAGCAGCAACAGCCUGUUAUCAUCACCAACAUAGACGGCCCCGCAGUCACGAGCAGCGUCUCCGUUGCAACUACCUCUUCCACCACAGGAGGCUCCAGGGCUAGGGGAAACGCACACUUCCUUCUGGACAAGAGUUACACGGAUUCGGAUCUGGACAUCAGUGUAAUUAACUUGGACAAUGAACCUCCAAAUCCAGAUCCUUUCGCUCACAUAGAUACGAUCACAGAUAAUCCACCGUCGGAAAGUAGUAGCACCGAUACGCUACAGUUUUCGUCUCUGAUCUCAGAGAGCGACUUUGAGGUUCCUUGUCAGACUCGUCCGGAUACUUCCAACAGUACAGCAUCGCAAAUAUCACCUGGUCUUAGAGAAGGCUGUUAUGUUUCCUGA